UCUUUGAAUUUUUGUUCCAAUCAAUUAUGCAUUACUCGACUCUUCAUUUCAAUACGAGCAUAAAUGCAUCUCGUGUAGCUGCAACAAUUUCAGUGCAAAAGCUGAACUGCAAAAAGGAAGAUUGUCAUUGCUUGAAAUUCUUAAUUUUGUAACUAGUUUUCCGAUAAGCUAUACCUCGUCUAGUAAUUAUCUUUUGUACAUUAAGAAUGGAUAAAGUGUUGUUCUGGGUUUUCCUCCAAAUGAAAUAUAGGGGGAAAACUGAUUAAUUGAAUGGUGACACGAUUGAUAUGACUAUCCAGCAGUAGUUUGAGAUAUAAUUGGUUAAUAUUUCGGUGGCCACAUUCUCUCGUAUUAGCUUUAUUUUUUAUCGAACCUUUGUCGAAUCAACUGCUUGAUACCUCGUGCAGUAUUAAUUUCAAAAUGAAGUUAUAUUUAUUAAUAUUUUUAAUAGCUAAUUGUAGUAUAGUAUCAAAGUUGAAUUAUUGCAAUGCACUGCAUUUGCCCGAAAAAAGUUUUUUCCAAUUACGGGAAGAGAUCAUUCGCGAGGAAAGAAUGAUGUCCUUUGGAUCAAGUUUGAAACUGCAAGGUGACGAGAUUCUCGCUAAUGAAUGUUUGAUGGCUACGAAACGCAAGGAACUUGACGAAGGUUUCGAGCGACCAGAACAUUUUUUGCCAUCGCAAAACUUUCUCGACGUUCACAGCGAGAUCGAAAAGUCCGAAGUCUUCAAAAUAAUUCGUCUAAUGCCUAAGGGAGCUGUUUUUCACGCUCAUCUUGCAUCACUAGUUUCGCUGGACUUCAUCAUCAACAACGUGACGUACAUUCCAAAUCUCCACAUUUGCUACAACGGCACCAAAAUGCGAUUUCGGUUUCUCGAGACGCCGUCGUCGGAUUGCGAUUGGCAACUCCUGAAAGAUCUGCGGGAGAAGAACCCUGGGAUCAAUAUUAAAAUUCAGAAACACCUCACUAUGCUCAGAAUAAGUCCAGCCGAGUAUAAUAUCGACGUCGUUUGGAACAAAUUUCAAGAAAUUUUCGCAGUUAUCAAGGGAUUGGUGACUUACAGACCUGCAUUUGAAAUAUACUUUUAUCAAGCUUUGCAAGAAUUAUACGACGACAAUGUCAUGUACUUCGAAUUUCGCGCAUCUUUAUCGAAGCUGUACGAACUCAAUGGAACGACGUACAAUCCGAUCAAUGUUGCUAGAAUCUAUCAAGAAAUGAUAAAUAGAUUCACAACCAAUAAUCCAGACUUCCUGGGCGCGAAAGUAAUUUUUUCACCUCAACGAGGAAUUACGCAAUCGAUUUUCGAUAACUACGUUAAAACAUACAAGGAAGUCAAACAAGCCUAUCCUGACUUUAUUAUCGGCUUCGACUUGGUGGGUCAAGAAGACAGGGGCAAUACCCUUCUGAACUUUGCGGAAAAAUUGAUAGAAUUGGGUAAAGACACACCCUUUUUCUUCCACGCCGGGGAGACCAAUUGGUAUGGACAUGCCACAGAUGAGAAUCUGGUCGAUGCGGUUCUUUUGAAUACCAAACGAAUCGGACAUGGUUUUGCUCUGCUGAAGCAUCCAAAGCUAAUGCAAAUGGUCAAAGAGAAGAAUAUAGUAAUCGAGCUUAAUCCGAUCUCCAAUCAAGUAUUAGACCUAGUCAAAGAUAUGCGUAAUCAUCCGGCCAGUCACUUCUUCGCAGAGAACUAUCCUAUAGUCGUUUCGAACGAUGAUCCAAGCUUUUGGGGAGCAAGUGGCCUGAGCUACGAUUUCUACGAAGCUUUUAUCGGUAUUAUGUCUCGUGAAGCAGAUCUGAGAGCUUUGAAACAAUUGGCCAUUAAUUCGAUCAAAUACAGUGGAAUGAAGCCAGGAGAACAGAAAAAGGCUUUUAAGAUCUGGCAAGAAGCUUGGAAUCGAUUUACUAGAUAUCUGGCUUACAGUCACAAAUGUGUUAAUAAUAAUCAAUAUUUCGAUACGCGAUGGCUAUAGCAUUUUGCAACCAUGUUGUUCUCUGUGGGCAAAUCUUUAAAAGUCUUGCUUUGUAUUUUGAUGAUCUUCAAUCAUUCUGACGCGCUUCCUUCG